UUGUCCACAACUCACAACAUCAUUUAUUGCCCGUAUCGUUGCGAGUGCACGGUAGCGCGAGAUAACGAAGCAGAUACACUAAAUACAUAAAAUUUAUUGAUAUUUACAAGUGAGCGCGUGUAGAAGUGACACAGUGACUUAAAAAUGGGGUUCAUAAGCGGCAGAGCGCUCCACUACGUCUUCAAAAUACCGGACAGGAAGGAAACCAUGCGGUUCUACAGAGAAGUGCUCGGCAUGAAGGUGCUCAGACACGAAGAGUUCUCCGAAGGUUGCGAAGCGACUUGCAACGGGCCGUACAAAGGACGGUGGAGUAAAACAAUGGUAGGUUAUGGCCCUGAGGACUCGCAUUUUGUAGUAGAACUGACCUACAAUUACGGCAUCCACUCCUACGACAGGGGAAACGAUUUCAUAGGCAUGACGGUGAAGAGCAAGGAGGCCCUCGAACGCGCAAAGAAACAGAAGUGGCCGGUGCAAGCUGGGAAUAUUUUGGAAGCCCCAGGAGGCUAUUCCUUCACCAUAAUAGACGAGCCUCAACCCACAGAUAAAGACCCAGUGCAGAAGGUGACCGUAGCCUCCUCUAACUUAGACAAUUCUAUAAAAUACUGGAACGGCGUCCUAGGACUUACGAUUUUCGAGCAGACCAAAGAUACCGUUUUGGUCGGGUUCAAUAAAGACGAAGCUAAACUCGAGCUGAAAGAUAUAGGGCAACCCGUGGUCCGCAAACAGGCGUUCGGCCGUAUAGCGUUCUCCUGUCCUUUUGAGCAGCAGGAGCAGGUCGACAAGGUGAUAAAGGAAAACAAUCAAACCAUCGUCACCCCGCUCAUAUCUUUGGAUACUCCUGGCAAAGCUACGGUGAGGGUGAUCAUUUUGGCCGAUCCUGACGGCCUCGAGAUUUGCUUCGUUGACGACGAGAACUACAGGCAGCUGUCUCAACCCGAUCCGGAUAGUGAGAGAGUGCUAAAUACGCAGAUAAGGAAAGAUACGUCGUAAAGUGAUGAGAGUGUUGAGGUGGCGAGUGUGAUAUAAUGUACCCAAAAGUGGGAAAUAUACAUAUUAUGGGAAAGGAACUUGAUUUGCAGUUAUUUUUUUUUAUGAAUAUGUUAUGCUCUUGUAGCUGCCACUGGACGAUCUUAUCGUUCUUUCAUGUUUUAUUUCUUUGAAUUUUAUUUACAAAAUUAACUAAAAAAUUAAAGGCGACAUAGGUAUAGCUAAAUAUUUUUUUUUUUUAGAAAUCGCCAGUGAGUAAAAUGGUUUUUAAUAUUCAAUAUUGCCUUCACUCUUAUCCGAUUGCAUUUAAAGUAUUGUAUUUAUGUAAAUUAUCUUAUACAGGGUGUAUUAAAACUAUACCGAAAAUCAAAUCAGUUCAGAAUAACAAUACCUACUAUUUCCAGUUUUUUCGGAAAUAUUUAACUGGCUGGCUUAUUUUCAU